CAGUACGGGAUAUCGACUCGGAGAAGUCGAGAGAGCGAGGUAACCUGGUAGCGGGUGUAAGGGAGGGUAAGUGCAAAAGCGGGUUGCCCUAGAAUCUGUAAGGGGUUCCACCCCACAUGUGAUUUUAUACGUAUUGUAUAUGUGUACACGUUCAAUGUUAUCUAAACGAAAUACAAACGCAUUAGGAUACCUUGCGCAAUCUAUAUGUUGAAAUGGUAAAUAUGUUAGAUUCCUGAAUUUCAUUUAAAAUUGCAAUUUUGUUUACUUAUUAUGAUUUCAACAUUUGAUGUUGCAUAAAAAAUAUUAAAUAAUAAAUUUCAUUGAAUUUAAUAUAUCGUUGUAAGAGAAAUAAGGGCACAUAGUUGAAAGCACAGCAGUAUGACAAUAUAUGUAUGUAAUAUUUCAGAUCGGAAUAUUAUUAUAUAUAUAUUAUUCAAUUUAUAUGUAUUAUUUAGACACAAUAUUAUCAAAUUUCGAUAUACGAUACUAUUAAGGAUAAUAAUUAAAAUCUAUAAUUUUAUUAUAAAUUAUGAUUAUGUACAUGUAUUAUGUACAUAUAUAUAAGUACAUGAGAGAUACAUAAAAGAUAUCUUUUAAAGAUUAAUCUUUAAUUAUUCGGUUUUCAAUUGAAAAUCGAUAUAAUUUAAAAGAAUAAUUUGAUAUCAUUAAUUUAAUCAUAAUUGUAUUCGAAAUUGAACUUUAUUUUAUGAACAAAAAAAAGAUAUUUGUUGAUAUUGCUGAAUUUACUAGAAAAUUAGUUAUUUUAAUUCGAUUUUUUUUAUUUAUUCAAAACUAAGAAUCAAAUGUUGUAAUGAUUUUAUUAUUAAUCGUAUCUGGUUCUCAAAAUAUACAAAAAAAUCGAUUAUUACAUUUAUAUAUGCGGACGAUCAAUCGGAAAUAUAUAUUAUAUAUAUAUAGUUAUUUACAUACUUAUUAGACAAAUAAAUUAUUGAGACUGAUUUCCUAAUGGAACAUAUGAUCUUAUAAAAGUCUUAGCCUUGAGUAACUUCAGAUAUUCGAAAAGGCAAUUGAACGAAAGGCAUACAUAAUCGAGCGACGUAACGCGCGUGCGACAAGGGUUAUAGGAGGGGAUUGCUGAGCAGGAGGAUAAAGAAGUAAUCGCGCGCGAUCGGUCGCGGUGCUCAGUUGGUGGUAGCUCGGGACGAACGGGCGCGUCCACAAAGUGUGGGGUAAGGAUGGAGGCUGCGUUAAUUGCAACGACCGAGUGAUACGCACCGUGUGUAUACACGGGGAUCGUGUCCUGGAUUCGUAGCCCGCAUAUCCCAUCGCGCGUGCCUUCCACCCUCUCCCCCCUGUGUCUGUGCCCGUACUUUUGUGUGCGUGCGUGUCCCUCUAAUAGAGUGGUCAGUUAAUAUCUUGUAUAAAGGAUAAAACGAGAAAAAAAAAUUAGUGUAAUAGAACAAAGAAAAGCACAACGAACGAGAAUAUGUCAUCCACAUAGUCGAACCGAGGCAAACGAAGAGAGGAGCAAGUCAAAUACGGUGCAGUGGUUACCCUGAGUCGUUGGUACGCGCAGCCUUUUGGUGUUGCUGGCUGACUUCAUGCUUUGCUAUUGCUGUUGCUGCCGCCGCCGUCGAAUCGUCACCGACGUUGCUGCAGCAGUUGCUAGCGAUGCGAAAUGAACGAGAAUUUUAAGAAAGAGAAAGAUAAUGUGUUUUUGAGAGGGAGAGAGAGAGAGGGAGAGAAAGAAACAAAUGUAGCCUUUAUUGUUCCAUCGUCGUCGUCGUCGUUUUCAUCGUCGUCAUUUUAUUGUACAAACCGCUCUUUGUUAAUGCGCGUUUUCCUAUCGUGAAUUCCUAAAAAAUAAAAGAAAAAAGGAAAAAUAAUAAAUGUGAUGUGCCCGUCGGCCACCAGCCAGCCUUUUAUUUUUUUACGCGCUUCAUGUGUUUUUUCUUUUUAGGAAGUACUCAAGUAGGACGAUUUAUCGUCAAGUUCGUGGUCAUCUUGGGUGCUCUCAGUCGUUCAACAUUUUUUCUGGAACUUCAUAUUGGCUUUAUGUACCCUUUUUCACUUGCUUCGUGCACGCACAUAUUAUUGCAUGCACUUACGUUUCUUACUACCGAUAUAUCUACAUGGUUAUAGCGUUAAUAUUGUUUUAUUGAAUAUCGCAAUGUGGCGUAUAUCCAAUUUGUUUAUGUUUUCCAUAUAUGCACUUAUAUAAGCAUUACGUAUUUAUAAUAAAUAUGGUUAACAAGAAGAAUGAUUAAAAAGGAUAAAGAAUCGAAUAAGAUGAAAAAGGAAAGAGGUUUAAAAAAAGACAAAAAAAGAGAAAUAUCUGAGUAGAAUAAAAGAAGGGAUAACUAGAACGUGUCACGAUAAGAAACAAUGAGAAAGAAGAGGGUUUUUCGAUUUGUUACAUUUGUGUCGGAACUACUUGACCCAUUGACAGGUCAAAACGAAAAGGUUCAAUGCAGAAGUCUACUCGUUCACUUUAAAAAUUUUGACAAUUGAAAGACAAAAAAACAGCAAGACGAUGCAAAGGAAUCUAAGCUCGUAACAGAAAGAACGCCUGGCCCGAAGGCGUUAAACCGGGAAGAGUAUAAUCAGGGCGCGAAGCGAUGUACGCAGCUGCGGGUGGCGCCAGUAUAGCGAAUAGGAGGAAGCAGAAACGAUUGCAGUUAAACAGACGCGUCGCUGAGAGUACAAUUCCAUCACGAUUGAAGACAAUUCCAGUUUCUCAGCACCACUACCACCACCAACACCAUCACCCCAGCAAGUUUGCUCGUCCGCACGUUGUUCCACCAUCUUCCACACCACAGCCACAACCACCGUCAUCUACAUUUCAUCCGAGCAUCGAUCGACGGCGUCAUGUCGAGAAGUGUCAGCAAGUUGCACCUGUUUCUCCAAUCCAAUUUCCAAUAUCGCCACCACCACUAUCCCUUGAGUCACCUAGUUCAGUUACUUGUGCCACUAAAUCUAAUUUUCCUUUUCCACCAACAUCGAUCCUCGAUCUCCGAGUUUCACCAUCUUCUUCAGAGCUACAGUGUGGUGGAGGACCUGGCAAAGCAGCAUGGCAAGGUUGCAGCAGACCUUCUCCCCUUCCUUUAUCUCCUAUGUCGCCUCAUGCAUGUCGUGGGGAUGGCUACAAGACAAAGCAAUGCGAGGCUCAUCGACGAUGGAUGAAGAGAAACAGGAUAAGAGAUGCAAGCUAUUGCUAUGGAAGCAGUGGAGAAGAUGACGAAGAAGAUGGAAGCAGUAAUGCAAACCGUCGUAGAGGUGAAGUUAGCGCGGCGGUGAAUACUGUACUUUAUGCGGGGCUAGGAACUACAGCGCUCGGAUUAGUUAUAUCGUUUGUCGGCACUGGAGAGAAAGGAUUCCUCAGUCCAGAAUUGAGGCUGGUGGGUCCUUCACUACUGUGCGCCGGUUUACUGUGUUGUCUAUUUCGGGUGCUGCUCUGCCUCUGUUUAUGUCGUUGCGGUCAAUGCCGCUGGCGAUUUUGUCAUGUUGCUUCUGAUAAAAAAGAAAAAGUGAGGAAAACGGAAGCUCGACCUGCUGGAACAUUACCUACCGCUUCACUUUUGUCACCAACUCGUCAACGACAGCAACAACAAUCGGCCAUGUCUUCAAGUGGUGCUGCAUCAUCAUCAACAAAAGCACAUGAGCUCUUGCUCUCUCCUGCCCAAUUACCAGAGUGAAAACGUGUUUCGAACAUUUUCUACGAGAAUCUAUACGCCGAUUAACUGCCGGUUCUUGUCCAAUAUAGAAUAUUUUAUUUCCAUUUGACCUGAACCGUUUUCGCAAACAAAAAGAAGACAACCAUCACAGCCUAAUUCUAGUUUAAAUGCGAAUUCUAGCGCUUAAAAGUAAUAGUUAAAGAAACAAUCGGCUAUGUUUUUCUACCCCUACUGUGUUUGAAAAAGUAUAAAAAAAAAAAAAUAAUUAUCAAUGA